CACGUGACCGCGCCAGAUCGUGACGUCCUGUCAGCUGACAGUUGCCUCUGUAGUUGGAGUUUUCCUUCGACCUUCAGUUCGGUGAAUCUUCCAUUCCUCUGCAGCACAACUCAGCUCCUGUUCUCCUACCAUGGCGAGUCAGUCUCAGGGCAUCCAGCAGCUGCUGCAGGCCGAGAAGAGAGCCGCCGAGAAGGUGGCCGAGGCCCGUAAACGUAAGAACCGUCGUCUGAAGCAGGCCAAAGAAGAGGCUCAGGCUGAGAUCGAACAGUAUCGUCUGCAGCGAGAGAAGGAGUUCAAGACCAAAGAGGCUGCGGCCCUUGGUUCUCAUGGAAACAGCGCAGUGGAGGUGGACCGCGACACAGUAGAGCGGAUGGCUCGUAUCCAGGCCAGUUACCGCGGUAACAGGGAAGCGGUGCUUGGAGAACUGUUGCGACGCGUCUGCGACAUCCAGCCGGAGUUUCACGCAAACUACCGCGUGGCCGGCUGAGGGGACAAAGCAGGGGCUUAAAGUUCAGGGUGGGACCAUCACGGGGGAGGGGGUUCAUGGAUGUUAGCAACAAAAAAGCUGCAAAUAUUUAUUUUGAAGGCAAUUCCUGCCUCAGCGGGGUGUCAGUAAAUGUCGUGUUACCAUGGUGAUGUUUACAGAAAAUAUAUAUUCAAAUUCAUGUUUGUCCGUUGGUGUAAAACGUCAAAUGUCAAUGUUUGUUGAGGUUUCAAUUAUAAAGUAGAUGGAAUAGAAUGAUUCCAUGAUGUUGUUUUCUCUGAAACGGCCUAUUCUGAUUGGCUGGAAGGUGGUGAUUACUUUGUUGUGAAUUUCUUUUGUGUCCAUGUGAAUUUCUGUUUAUAUGUGAGGUGAUGAUAAUGAUGAUUAAAUUAUAAUAAAUCAACUGGCCUU